AUGAUAUCAACAAAAAGUGAAUCAUCACACUUACAAGACAUAACAAUUGAACAACCAUUGAAAAACAAGACAAACCUUCCUUGUUACAUUAUCAAGAAUUUUCUCACACCGAAAGAAUGUUCGGAAUUUAUUGAAAAAGCUGUGAAAAUUGGAUUUGAUUUGGCCUCUCAUGAUUACCCACCUUCCUACAGAAAUAAUGAGAGAAUUAUAAUGGAUGACGAAGAGUUGGCAGAGAAAAUGACCAAGAAAUUGAAACCAAUGCUUGAUAGUUUGAAUUUAGUGGAAUUUGAAAAGGAUGGAUUGGAAUGUGAAUUGAAAAGUGUCAAUUCUAGAUUUAGAUUGUGUAGAUAUCAAGAAGGACAAGAAUUUAGAAUUCAUCAAGAUGGUGUUCAUUACAAAUCAAAGUUUGUCAAGUCAAUUUUGACAUUUAUGAUUUAUUUGAAUGAAGAAUUUGAUAAUGGACAUACAAUUUUCUUCAAGUCUGGACCUUCCUCAAACCCUCCAGAAGAAAUGGGAAAAUACAAACCUCAAUGUGGUGAUUUGAUAGUAUUUGAUCAUGAAUUGUGGCAUUCUGGAGAAAUUGUCAAUAAUGGUAUCAAAUAUGUCAUGAGGAGUGAUAUCAUUUAUGAUACUAUCCCUAUUAGUUUUGGAAAUAAUUCAAUCGGAACAAUGGAAUCAUUGGAAAAUUCGAACAAUUGGAAUAAUUCUCACAAUGGAUAUGUUUGGAAAUUAAUCAAGGUUGGAAAAGAUGAUUCCUUAAUUGCUAGCGGAGGAAGAGACACCACUAUAAAUAUUUUCAACGAAUCACUGCAAAUCCAAUUCAAACUUGAGGGUCACCAAAAAUCAGUGCUUGGCUUAUCGAAAAUGGCAAAUAAUCAAAUGGUUUCCAUUUCCAGAGACCGAUCAAUUAAGAUUUGGGACCUGGAAACGAGAGAAUGUAUUUUCACCAAAGAGCAAGCUCACAAUCAUACAGGAUUAUGUGUAGAAGCGGAUCCUUUUGAUUCUUCAAUAAUUGCUUCUGGCUCUGCUGAUUGUAUCAUCAAACUUUGGAAAUUUGUUGAUGGAAAAUUAGAAUUGUCCAAACAAUUUAACGGCCACAAUGGAUGGAUUUGGUCUUUGAAAUGGAUUACAAUUGAAGGAGAGAGGAUGCUCUUGUCUGCAUCUGAGGAUGGAUCCAUACGAGUCUGGAAUAGUGAAACUGGCUCGUGUCACAUUAUUGAUCAAUUACAAAAUCCUCUUAGGUGCCUUACUACUUUUAAUUAUCCAAAUUCACAAAUGGACACCAUUAUUUGUCUUGGAGACAAUGAAGGCAAUCUCUAUCUCUAUUAUGUAAAAGGGGGUUUUAGUAAUUUUAGUACGAAACGAACAGAAUUCAAGAACUUGCACAGGGCCUCAAUAAGAACUGUUAAAUUUAUUAGUUCUCACAUGAUUGUAACAGGCUCUGAAGACUAUUCUGUAAUGUUAUGGAAACUGAAGCAUGAGCUUUCCUCAAUACCUCAACUACAUCAUGUCUAUACCUUCAAUCACAAUAAUUUUGUCACAGACUGUCUCUCACAAUUUCACAAUGAACAACAAGCACAAGAGGAGGAUAAUCAAUUCGCCUCCUUCUUCACUUCCUCCUAUGAUGGCGCCAUUAAGAAACACCAAGUAUCACUCUCAUCGACAAGUCUUUCUUUAACUUUGCUUGGCAUGAUUGGUACCAAUUAA